AUGCGUGUGCCGCCGUCUUUCCGCCUCUCCGCUCACCCGGACCGUGCAGAGCAGAUCCUUUCCCAGGUGUCCGCCUCGCUCGAGGUUAUGGCCAGCGAGGCAGCCCGCGUGUCGCUCCUUUGGAUCAUGGCGGACUUCGGCCAAUUCAUCGAGGGGUCCAUCGUCCUGCUGGACGAAAUUAGCCGUGACAUUGGGCCGAGCACAUCGGCCGAGCUGCGCCUGGCCGUCCUGUCGGCAGCCAUGCGCCUCUUCUUCAAGGACCCGGCCAACAUGAAGCAAAUCCUGUCCCGCAUCCUUCGCUUCGAGAUCGACGCCGAGCUCCCCCUCGCCAAGGCCGACACCCGCGAUCGAGCCCUCUUCUAUUUGCGUCUUCUGCACUAUUCGCCCGAAGUGGCCGAGCGGAUUGUCGGCCAGCCGUCGGCCACCGGGGCCGGCCAGGCCGGCAAGACCCCGGCCGAUGAACAGUUCCUCGACUUCUUCGAGUUCAAUUCCCUGAGCGUCGUCUUCCAGCGGCCUGCGGUCUCCUUCACCACUCCACUGCCGCCCUUCAGCUCGAUGCUCCAGAGGCCACGGUCGGCCGGUCCGAUUGGACGUGUGGCCGGCACUUCCGCGGCCUCUGCCCCGGCUGCCGACCCGCUUGCGGGCCCACUUCUCGGCGAGGCCAUGGCCCCGGCGGCCGGCGUGUCAGCCGGCGCCGGUGGCACGGGCCAUCUCCUGGACGUGAUGGACUUCUCGGCGGGGGGCCGGGCCGGCGGUGCUUCGGCCAGUCCCGAGGAUCUGGCCAGCCAGCUGCUUGGACUGGACUUCUCCUCGGCGACUUCCACUUCGGCGGUCGCCCUCUCCGGAAGCCCGCGGUCGCCGAUGGACGAGCUCUUCGGGCUGGACACGCCGCCGACCAUGCCGGCUGGGGCGGCCAUUGCCGCCGCCACCGCCCCCUCUGCCUCCUCUCCCGGGACGUCUGCCCUGACCCCGGCAGCCUUGGAGCUGGACUCCGGGAGCUUCCGCCGGGCUUGGCGGCAGUUUGCCCAGCCCGGCCAGGCGCGGCAGGUGACCCUGCCGGCGCCCGGGCACGCCGGCACCCUGUCGGCCGACCAGCUGUCCCUGCUCUUUGAAGCUGCCCUGGAAGAGCAGGCCAAGCUGACGACCUUUGCCUCGGGCACGGUGGCCGCCAAUGGGGCCCUUCGCCUGCUGAUGCCGACGCCACUGUGGUGA